CGUACAUCGGCGGCCGAUGGCUGGAGGGAGCGGUCCUGCUGGCUGUGCCUUUAAUCUGGGGACCAGGAAACAAUUCCGAAGUUCAUAUUGCCUGUUUCAUCUUCAAGUCUGCGUUCUUGAAUCCCUGCCUGCCAGGAAAGGACGGUCUGUUGAGAAAGGGAGAACUUCUGUGCUCCUGGCAACCAAAUUUCAGGUUCUGGCUGCAUGGAAACAAGAUGGGCUUUUACAAUUAAGGUUGGAAGAAGUCCCCCCAUGCAGCAGAAAUCCACCUUAAGAUGAAAUAACAUCUACCUGGCCCUCUGGCAGCAUAUCAAGGCAUACACUGGGCUGACUCUGGGGCCAUGAUGUUGCCUGAUCCUUCUGUACUACAAGAGCAAGCCUGGGAGAAGAUUUUGCCUUCAAAGAAUGAGGAAGACAUGGAGGCCAUGAAGAAAUUGUCUCACAAUAAAAAGGCAAGAGGUUUGCCUUCUAACUAUACUUCCUGGCCCCAAGAAAAGGAGGAAAGGCCCCAAAUACUGGCACCAGUUACAUUCAGGGAUGUGGCUGUGAUCUUCACAGAGGCAGAAUGGAAGACACUGAGCCCGAAGCAAAGGAACCUAUACAAAGAGGUGAUGCUGGAGAAUUACAGGAAUCUGCUCUCACUGGCAGAACCACAGCCAGAAACCUACGCUUGUCCUUUCUGUCUUCUGGCCUUUUCCUGUCAGCAAUUCCUCAGCCAACAUGAGCUUCAGAUCUUCCUGGGCUUAUGUGCAGAAAAUCACUUCCAUCCAGGGAAUUCCAGGCCAGGGCAUCAGCAGCAGCAGGAGCAGCAGUAUUCUGAUCAAAGCUGCUGGACUAAAAACACAGAAGAUCAAGAGGGAGAAGGCAGCUCCAAACCUUUGUCUGCAAAGACAGAGGAGAGAGAGACCUCAAGGGCAUUCUCCAGCCCACGCCAAGGACAGGCAGCAAGUCCUAGAGAAGGCAACAUGGUGGUGGAAAUAGAGCCCAUCUCAGCCCAUAGGGUAAACCGUGUGCAACCAGACAAAGGAUUGAAGGAAUUAGAAACCUUGAGAUUGGGAGCAAUCAACUGUGGAGUGUUUGAACCAGACUAUAGCCUGGAAUCAGACUUUUUUACAAACCCGAGGAUCCUCUUAGGAGAGAAGCCCUAUGUUUGCAGUGAUUGUGGGCGAGGCUUUAAAGACAGGUCAACUCUCAUCAGACACCAUCGGACCCAUUCAAUGGAGAAGCCUUAUGUGUGCAGUGAGUGUGGCCGAGGCUUUAGCCAGAUGUCCAUCCUUAUUAACCACCAGAGGACACACUCUGGGGAGAAGCCAUAUGAGUGCCGUGAGUGUGGGCGAGGCUUUAGCCAGAAGUCCAACCUCAACAGACACCAGAGAACACAUUCAGAAGAGAAGCCUUAUAUGUGCAGAGAGUGUGGGCAAAGCUUUAGGAAUAAGUCCAUCCUCGAUAGACAUCAGUGGACUCACUCGGGGGAGAAGCCCUAUGUUUGCAGCGAGUGUGGGCGAAGCUUUAGUGAGAAGUCAUCCUUCAUCAGACACCAGAGGACACACUCAGGUGAGAAACCCUACAUUUGCCUGGAGUGUGGACGAGGCUUUAGUGAUAAGUCAACCCUCAGGAAACACCAGAGGACGCACUCAGGGGAGAAGCCUUAUGUUUGCAGGGAGUGUGGGCGAGGCUUUAGCCAGAACUCAGACCUCAUCAAACACCAGAGAACACACUCAGAUGACAAGCCUUAUAUUUGCAGAGAGUGUGGGCGAGGCUUUUGUGACAAGUCGACCCUCGUCAUACAUGAGCGGACACACUCGGGAGAGAAGCCUUACGUGUGCAGUGAGUGUGGCCGAGGCUUUAACCGGAGAUCACUCCUCCUUGUCCACCAGAGGACGCACUCAGGGGAGAAGCAUUAUGUUUGCAGGGAGUGUGGGCGAGGCUUUAGCCAGAAGUCAAAUCUCAUCAGACACCAGAGGACACACUCAGAUGACAAGCCUUACAUUUGUAGGGAGUGUGGGCGAGGCUUUUGUGACAAGUCGACCCUCGUCAUACAUGAGCGGACACACUCGGGAGAGAAGCCUUACGUGUGCAAUGAGUGUGGCCGAGGCUUUAACCGGAGAUCACUCCUCCUUGUCCACCAGAGGACGCACUCAGGGGAGAAGCACUAUGUUUGCAGGGAGUGUGGGCGAGGCUUUGGCCACAAGUCAAAUCUCAUCAGACACCAGAGGACACACUCAGAUGACAAGCCUUAUGUUUGUAGGGAGUGUGGGCGAGGCUUUUGUGACAAGUCGACCCUCAUUGUGCAUGAGAGGACACACUCAGGAGAGAAGCCUUACGUGUGCAGUGAGUGUGGCCGAGGCUUUAGCCAGAGGUCUCGCCUCCUUGUCCACCUGAGGACACACUCAGGGGAGAAGCACCAUGUUUGCAGGGAGUGUGGGCGAGGCUUUGCCCACCAGUCAAAUCUCAUCAGACACCAGAGGACACACUCAGAUGACAAGCCUUACAUUUGUAGGGAGUGUGGGCGAGGCUUUUGUGACAAGUCGACCCUCAUUGUGCAUGAGAGGACACACUCAGGAGAGAAGCCUUAUGUGUGCAGUGAGUGUGGCCGAGGCUUUAGCCAGAGGUCACGCCUCUUUGUCCACCAGAGGACGCACUCAGGGGAGAAGCACUAUGUUUGCAGUGAGUGUGGGUGAGGCUUUGCCCACCAGUCAAAUCUCAUCAGACACCAGAAGACACACUGAGGGAGAAGCCUUGUGUAUGCAGAGGUCAUGAGCAGACUUGAGCAAUCAGUCAGACCUCAUCUUACACCAGAGAGACUCACGGGGAAUAGUCCCCAUGUGUGCUGGAGUGUGAAUGAAGGUUCAGAGACCUGUCAACCCUCAUCAGGCACCGGGGGACACAUGCAGGAGAGAAGCCUGUGAGUACAGAAAGGGUAACUGUAGCUAUAAGUCAGCCGUCAGCAUACGUGAGAGGAUAUACUUAGGGGAGAAGUUUUGUAUAUGCAGGGACUGUGCGUGAGGCUUCAGCAAUUAGUCAACAUAUACUGAGCAUCCAGUGCCAGGCUCAGGGGAGAAGUGUCACAUGUUCAGGGAGUGUUGGUGAGCAUCUGCAAAAGAAGAAACAGGCAUAAGAUGGCACUCUCAGGAGGAGGUCUUUGUUUGCAGGGAGUGUGGACAAGGCUUUUGGGGCCACACACUGCAGGGAGGACCUAUCUCCACAGGGGACACUGUGGAGCUUCACCCAGAUGAGCUUGUCAGGGCUGACAGCGCAGCUGCUCGAGAGAACAAGAGGAGAGAACGGUGCUGCUGCUGCCAGAGCUGCCUUCCUCACCUGGACUGGCUUUCAGCCCCAAAGAACUGCAUAACCCAGGGCUAUGCACCUUCCCAAGGGGUGGCUCCUGCCCAAUGACUGGUUGAUGUAGGGGGACAAAACCUCACCCUUUGACUCAACUGGGGCAACUCCAAAGGUCCAUCCCAGAUCCAGAGGUCCCCACUGGACUGAAUGAUCUGUUAGCUACAAACACAUUAUGGACCAGCUUCCUUCUCUGCCCAGCCCUACCCUUGAGUCUCCCAGUGAACCCUCAAUUCUCCAUCUAAUUGUUUCUGCAGGGAAUCUGAUCUAAGACAUCUGUGGUAUAAAGAGUGUGGCUGAAGCUGUGGCUAUAAGUCAACCCUCAACAAAUCACAGAGUACACAGAAUAGAAGCUCUGUGUGCAGGGAGAAUGGGCAAGGACGUAGGAAAAAUGCACACCUCAUCAGAGAAAACCUUUUUUGGGACAAGCUUUAUGUGAGUGGGGAGGGAGAAUGUGAGACACUUAGCAGUAAGUUAAACCUCGUCUUAUAGCAGAGGACACGCUCAGGGAGAAGACCUGUGUGGGCAGGGUUUGUGGGUGGAGAUUUAUCCUGAUGUCUCUCCUCAACAGACUUACCAGAGCAGGUCUUGCCUCCACGAAUCACUACCUCACCCACCUCUGAGGGGGUUUCAGGAGAUGUCUUGACUCCCCCUGAACUCUAUGUAAGUGAAGAUGGCAAUUACAAUUAAAUAGACUCCCCCCUCCCACACUUUUUGCGAUCAGAUGGAAUAAAAAAGUAAGCUUUAUUUAAGUAAUCACAAAAUGAUUACUGGGCAUGGUGGCUCAUGCCUAUAGUCCCAGCUACUUAGGAGGCUGAGGUGGAAGGACCACUUGAGCCCAAGAAUUUGAGACCUUGUCUUACAUUAAAAAAAAAAAAAUUAUCAUCUUGUUUUAGUUUCAGGCAUAAGUUCUUUCCCAUGGUUUUCUAUCCUUUUAUUGUUUUAGUCAAAGUUUCUUUAAUAAGCUCAGGCUGCGUAUAUGUUAGUCGCUCAUCUGACUGGAAAGGUGCAAGGAAUUCAGAUUCACAGCCUGUGAUUCCUGCAUGAAUUCAACCCUUGAGAAUCAAUCUAAUAGAUUUCUUAGAGCAUCUGAUCCUUUUCAUGGGGAGGAGUGAUUAGGCUGAGACAGGCUAGCUGCAGGGAGGGCAUGUCCUAGGUCUCCGGGGCUGGCUGCUGCUUCUCCCCACUGAUUAUCUCUUUUGGCUUCUGUGAAAGCUCCCUCCCAGAGUGUCAUUACUUUCUGGUCUCCAUGCAGUUCUCUCUGCUGAAUCUUUCUCUACCCCAUUGAAGUAUUGUGGCUCCUUAAUGAUCUGUUCAUGUCCUCUAGUUCUGAACAGGGACCCUUUAACCACACCCCCUCUGCAGCCUUCCAGGUUCCAGGACCAGGUCCUUUAACCACGCACAAACUGUUCUCCAGGCAUGAGUCAUUGCUUUGGGCCUCUUAGCUCCUCCCCAUGUCAGAUCAACAAUAAUAGAUGUACAGACCCCUAAAACACAGCUCCAAUACCGUGUCCUGUCAGCUCUCCAGUCCUAGAGUCUAAUUCUGCUAAUGAUACCCCCAUAGCACCCCUCUAAUAACUGGCCUAAGACAGCCUAGCCAUACCCCCUGUAUUGUUUUUCAGACCAAAGACCUGCUUUUUAGCCACACCCUUUUCUAAUCCUCCCUCAGAGCCCAAAUUGCCCAGAUUUUUGACAACUCCACAUGCCCUACCUCUGACUUUUAGGUCUUGGGCCAAUAACUAUUAACUGGAGAGGGUCUGCUUAGGCUCCAGCAAAUUUGUGAGAGAGUCACUGGCUCCAUGGCCUCCACCCACUCCCCCAGGCAUGAGUCAGCUGUCUUAGUCUGUUUUCUGUAGCACAUACUG